AUGCCGAUCGGAGAAGUCGAUGAUUCGUUUCUUGCAGAGGUAUGGGGCCUUUACGGAGUGGGCUGCCUGCUGCUCACUCUGCGCUUCUUCGUGCGAGUCAAGACGGUUGGGUUUAUGGGCAUGAGAGGCGACGAUUUCUUCGCUCUCCUCGUGUUAAUAUUCUAUACCUUGGACGCGGCGACGGUACAUGUAGUGUACUACGCCGGUACGAAUGUCGAAGCCUCAGUGCUGCAAACUACACAGACACUCUCUGCCGAGGAUAUAGCUUCGUAUGAGUUUGGAUCCAAAGUCGAACUUGUCGCCUGGUAUUCAUAUACGGCUCUCAUCUGGGCCUUGAAGGGAACCAUGUUGUGCUUCUUUCAUCGCAUGACCACUGGCCUUUGGCAACACCGCCUAGUCAAAUGGAUCUCAUAUGUUAGUGUUGCAUCAUAUGUUGCCGUCUUCUUGACAAUCACUUUUGGCUGCUUUCCGACUUCGAAAAACUGGCAGGUCGUGCCCGAUCCGGGAUUGAAGUGCACCUUCAAGAUGCAGAAUUUCCUCGUGGCGGUCGUGCUCAACGUCAUCACGGACGCUGCCAUCCUUUGUAUCCCUUUGCCUCUCCUGUGGACACUCCAGGUGCCCCUCAAGAAAAAGAUCGUUAUUGGCCUGCUUCUGUGCUCAGGUUUAUUCGUCAUCACCGCCGCCAUUAUCCGUGUGGUCCUGACCCUGGGCGCCCACCCGUCCGCCCUCAACGUAAACCGAUGGGGCGUGCGCGAGACCAUUGUCGGUAUCAUCACGGUCAACAUUCCGAUCCUGCGGCCCAUGGCGAGCCGCAAAUUCUGGACGACGGGCGAGCUAGCGUACUCCUCGGGCGCAGGCACCAAGACGGGCGGCCGCACCCACGCCACGCUGGCGACAGGCCACGGCCCCUACGAAAUGACGGGCAGCGUCAGCGGGCACAGCCGGCGCAAGGACAGCUUUGGCGGCAGCGAGGAGUUCAUCAUUGGCAAGAAUGCUACCGUGGAGCACCACGCCAAUGCCAACCUCAAGCCCGGCGGAAACGAUGUGGUUGUCCAUACAAUGUACCACGUCACUAGCGAGGACGUCACUUCGCAUCCACAGUCUCCCGACUGGGAGGCCAAGGGCGGCACUACACAGGCCAUGGCUUAUAGAGGUAAUAGCGCUGUGUAA